GACCCUGUUGUUUCCUCUGACGUAGCGCUAGCUUCCGAUGCUACACGCGGGAAAGAGGCGAAGCUGCUCCUCACACUGACAGUAAGUCACGAAGUUUUCCAAAUAUUUCAUUUCUGCUCUUUAGACACUCUCUUUUGGAUAUAUUUAUUGAGUCUGCUUUUACACUUCACCUACGUGUUUCAUAUUAAGCUAUUACAUUUACAAAACAAACUCUGAAUGUCUCUUUUUGUGCACCGGCCUACCUCUGCUGGGCUGCUCGAUAUUGUGUACGGAGUGUCUCUGCAUGGCGGGGUCGUUGCGCGUGCAGUCAGCUUGUGCUAGAGUUUAGAGUGAGUGCAACACUGUGCGGUAAAAGAAGCGCUCCCUAAACUAGUAUUUGUAGCCUAGCUAUUGUGGAUGGCGCAGCAUGGAUCACAGAAAACCUUUAUUCACCGUUUUAGUUUUACCGAACGGUCGAGCUUUCGCUUAACUAAAAGUCAGAAGAAAUUUAGAAAUAUACGUACAGGUCCAAUGUGGAUAAGAUUACAUUUUACAGUCCACAACAGAGAGCGCGGUGUGCUAGUUUGGCUAACUCUGAGCUUUACUCGGUGCUUUAAGCUGUGAAUGAGGAGUUUAUUAGCCCAGAUUUUACAAAGAUGAACAAGUUCACUGGAAAAUUAAAAAUUGAAGUAUAAACACCAACAUAAAGUCCAUUCAGGAACUUAUAGCAGAGCUGCAGAUGAAUCCUCCUCCGUCUUUCAUCAGUCUGACUUAUUGUUCAGUCACUGCGAGUCUACACAAUCAUGUUGUCAUCAAAACCUUCAAAAAAUCUUAAGAAAUGUUGCUUAAACCUUUUAUUCCCUUCUUGUUUGGUAAUGUAGUGCACAAAAUAAUACUCUCCAGUGCACAACCACCGCCUAUUAUGUCCUUAGUAACAAAUAUGAAUUAAAAUAAUCCUGCUUUGAUCAUGUCAAGAAAAACAGACAAUUUAAAAGCUUCCUGAAAGUAGAAUUCACAGUAAAACUGUUGUUUUAGAUUGCAUUAGAGGCUCAAGACUUACCUUUUUCACCGGGCUUUUCACCAAUUGCCUUUUUAUAUUUCUCCUAGUGCAAAUGUUCAUUUUAAUCAAAGUUCUCAAUGUUUUUUGUCAUUUUAUUAAUUAUCUCUGUUCUUAGUCUUUUUCUUAAUUCCCAUCUUAGAGAUUGAUUACUUCUUUUACCCCUUUUACAUGGUAAAAACUUUUUACUUAUCUGUUCAUUUAAUAUUAUUCUUUUGUGCUAGUCCAUCAGGUUUUAGUCUUUCUUUUUACCAUUUCAUUAUCUUUUAAUCUCCAGUGUUUCCCAAAGGUAACUCUUUUCUCACGUCAUGUCUCUUUGACAAUAUAUCUUAAAUUCUCACACUGUGUCUGUUGUCUGUGUGUGUGUGUGUGUGUGUGUGUGUGUGUGUGUGGGUGAGUGAGGGUGUGUGUGUAUCUUAUGUGCGGGUUUUAUUUUUGUUAAUUGUUGUAUUUAGUCCCUUAGAGGCACUUUAAACUGCGUUUUUUUUGUCUGAAAAGUGCCAUAAAAAUAAAAGAAAAUAAAGUUGAAUUUGGUGUUCAUGUUGGUCUGCCUGAUCAGGGGAUGUAGGGUCCUUGUAUUGAUGGAUCUAUCUAAUGUAAAUGCAUUUCCCUCCUUCUGUCUGUAGAGCAUCAGAAAUCAUCUACAGCUGAGAUGGGAGACACGCUGGAGUUCAACGAGAUUUAUCAGGAGGUCAAAGGUUCCUGGGUUCGUAUCCUCAUCAGUGGUUCUUAACAUGUCAUAGCGGUUCUUAUUGCACUAAAGUAAGCAAAAGUGUGGGCAUAUUGUGUUGGUUUUUUAUACAUGUGUGUAAAGAUGUGAUUUAACUAUAUUGUGUGUCCAUAUAAGCAGUGUACUGAAAACUGUCCAGGGUAUAGACCUCCUAAACUAAAUCAACCACCUCUGUAUUCAAACACAUGAAGAAAAGAUUUGUACUGAAACAAAGGAUACUGUCUCUCCACGUACUGAUAAACACAUGAGAAAGCUGCGAUACCUGCUCAGUAAUAAGAUAAGAUAUUCCUUCAUUAGUCCCACAGGAGGAAAUAACAAAAUAUUGUCACUGUCAAAGAUUUUCUAAACAGUAAAGUAGGUUAAUCAUGAAAACACUGUACUGUUUGAUUGAGAAAAAGAUUAAUAACAAAUCUUUCAGUAUCAAUGCUAAUUUGUAUAAUCGGUUCAUCUGUAUUUUAGAUGAUUAUAAUCUUUUAUUUUUGAUAUUAUGAUAUUGAUAAUAUGUCAAGUCUUAGCCUAGCAUUGCGACACAAGUUGUCCUUAAUAAAUUUGGUCUAAGACCUUUCAUUUAAAUUUUCCAGGGUUGUGAGCAACGGAGUAUACCACCCACAUCUGUUUAGAUUAAUGCAGCACUGGAUGCAGUGUAUAGCGACAAAAAUGUUCCAUUUUAGAUAGAGGACUGUGAUUGGAUCUGUUUACCUGACAAUAAGGUGGAAUUAUUGUUCCAGACCCACCUGGCUGCCAGCUGAAAUGAAUAUAAGACAGUUGAUGGAUCUGAAAGUCCUCUUUUCAGAUGAACAAACUUUAUAUAACCUGGGAAAUCAAGGUCUUCAAAUCUCCGUGGAGUCUCCUAGAAUCAGAAGAAAGCGUGGAGAGGCACAAAAACUAAAGCAUUUCAAGUCCAUUGUAAAGUUUCCACAGUCUGUGACGAUUUUGGGUGUCAUGUCCUCUGGUCAUGUUGGUCCACUGCGUUUUAUCAAUCUCAGAGCCCAUGCAGAUGACUACCAGGGGAUAUUUUUGUUCUCUUAAUGCUUCCAUCUGCUUUCAAGCUUUAAACAGAUGCCAGUUUCUUUACCAACAGGACAUAAAAUACAGGACAGAAAUAAAAGCUGAGCUGGAGGAAGCUAUCAAAGUAGAACAGGCUUUAGUAACCCUUCAGCAGUGCCACAGGCGGAUUGCCUCCAUGUCACACUGCAUUAAUGUAGUAAUUUAUGGUAAAAGUAAAAGACACAACCAAGUACUGAGAACAUGAAUUAGUAUUAUUUCAGACGGUGGGUAUUUUCUUAUACAUAUUAAUUUGUUGACACCAAUACAGAUAUUUUAAUCUCACAGAUAAGAGGUUCUUGUUAUUAAUUAUUACUCUUCACUAGGGCUGAAACGAUUACUCGAGUAACUCGAGUAACUCGAUUAAUAAAAUUCCUCGAGGCAAAUUAUAUGCCUCGAGGAAUCGUUUAAAUCCGGAACCAUGUGCAGCGCACGGUGUUUGACACGGACGGUUAUUUCUGUUGCGCAGAAGCGUGCUCUUUCCGCUGCCGCGCGUUUGGUUCAAUCAUGGAGGGAAACAAGGACAGACAGAAGCUGUGUCCGAAAUGGCAUACUGCCUGCUAUCUACUUACCUACUCAAGCAGUAGCUACUGCCUACUGACUACUCAAAGAUGAUUUGAGUAUGCCGCGGCUGCCCGAGCGUUUACACACAUACAUACUAAAUACCCCAGAAUGCAUUUCGUGCCGGCCGGACGCAGCGCCGGGAAAAUUUAAAUAGUCCUACCACAAGCUACAUAGAACGACUGCAUACCGGACAAAUUAUAUAAAUUCAUUCAAUAAUAAUAUUUUUUCUAGCGAGAAAGUAAGUGUUUACAUCACGAUUAUGAGCCCAGUUGUUUGAAAUAGUGGCUGUUUGUAAAUUUGUCUCGGCGUUUUCGGAGACCGAAGCGUCCACUUGGUCGGUGUUUGCGUCUAUUUACCGUAAACACCGGGCAGCAGCAGCUCCCCCUUCACGUUUCCAAAUUAUUGCGAAGUGUUUUCAUAAUCAACAUCUACACGACACAAACCGGGCGGCAGUGGAUGAAAAAAAUCACACAAACAUCCGUGUAUCCAUGGUGAUAAUGCUAUACACCACCUGCUAGGCGUGUGAUGAGCAGCAGAGGGCUGCAAAAUGACCAACACACAACAACAUGUAAAUAAAAAUGUAACACUUUUAUAUAUUGAAUAAAUGUACAUUUGCUUGUCAAAUUAUGUUAGUAUCCAAGAAUUAUAUUAUUUCAGCCUAUUAAUUAAACAAGUAAAAUUAGAUCCAAAGCCUGGAAAUAGUUGUGACUGGUUUAGUGAAAACUGCAAAGAUCAUUACCAUAGCAAUUAAAAGACCAUCUGCAGACCUUGCCUUCAGUAGUUUCAUGUGAACUACAUGGUAAAAUGUAAAACUUUUGGUUCCUGAUUAAUGCAGUAAAAAUAUUCAUUUGAAAGACCUGGCCUAUUUCAGUUUUGUGUGUUACUGAUGGUUUUUAAUGAGGCAAACGUGAUUCAAUGCAAAGUAUUACAGUGAGAGCAAAACAUUUCUUAUCCGAUUACUCGAUUAAUCGACAGAUUAAUCGAUAGAGUACUCGAUUACUAAAAUAAUCGAUAGCUGCAGCCCUACUCUUCACCAAAGAUAAUGAAUUGGAUUUAGUUUUCAGAGAAGGACAAUACGAAACAGGACAUCUCUUUUAAAUGACUCUGUUGUCUUCACUGAAACUGUACAAGACUGACAAAAAUCUGACAUCUCUCACUUAAUUAUCUGAAACAAGGUCUAAAUUCAAAUUGAUCUCCUCAACUAGGUCAGAAACUCGUAGUUGUUGAUCAUCCUUUCAGCUGCUGAGGAUUUUCUGAUGUAGUCUUUUUGGCCCAUUAAAUAGGUAGGGGAAAACUACUGGAGCCCAAACUGACCACUCCAAAUUGCUUGUUAUGUCUCAAACCCAAACAUUAUGUCAGUAUCAUGACUUGCAAAACCAUAAAAUGUUGACGUGGAAAGUAUUGGCACCAGGGAAUACUUGCCCUUAAAAAUGCUGAGACAAUGACGCUGAUGGUUAAAAAGGCAGAUAAGUUUCAUCAGUUAAAUAAUCAGAUAUUGAACUUUAGAGUUGGUACAAAUCCUGUGUCUUUUCUGUCUGCAGAAUGACGGGCGGCUACGGUUUAGUAAGCAGAAUGUGGUUUAUAAGAGCAGCAAGACCGGGAAGGUGGACAGCAUCCCAGCCGGAGAGCUCAACCUGGCCGUGUGGAGACGAGUGUGUUUGGGUCACGGCAUCAAGCUUGGCACCAGCACAGGACACAUCUACAAAUACGACGGCUUCAGGGACACCGUGAGUGUAGCUUCAUCUUUUUUUCCUCGUGUGGAAAGUCAGUAGACUCUGAAUCCCGCCCACCCGGUUGUAUUUUUCUGUUUCUGGGAAAUAAUCGUUACCGUACACAGAUGAGAACAAGGCAGCAGUGGAAUAUUACAGACUGACACACACUGCGCUGUGAUUACAUGAAGUGAUGUAACAAAAGCUACACAGAAUAAACAACUCCCAUCAUGUAUCUGACAUUUUCCACUGAAAAAAAAAGAAAAAAAAAUUCAAAAUGCUACCAUCUUGCGAAAAGGCCACCACCUGAGUGUGUGUAUGUGAAUGGAUGGGCUCUCCUCUCCAGAACUCCUAAUGGGAUUAAUGAGGGAAACCAGCACUAGCAUGUGUGUUCCAUAAACAGUGUAAUCAUCGGCUCAUGUGAGUCAGUGUUUAUGUCAAUCUACUGAGACAAUUUGGCUCGGAGGAAAGAUGAGGGGGGAAAAAAUCGCGGUUGUAUUUGUUUUUUAUCAUUGUAUUCUUUUCUCUGCUCUGAGUUUGUGGGGAUUGUCAGCACGCAUGUUAAAAAAAACGGGCCGAAGAGCGGGUAAAACCUGGAGUCUCGGCAGCUCCGUCUCCUGGGGUUAAUCAGCGUAUUUUUUAGGAGAUGGAUUCUCUUGUCCCGGAGCUCAGGGCGUGAUGUCAUUGUUUAUUAUCCCAGAGCCAGUGUCAGUAAUCGGAUGUUGGCUGGAGGUUUAGCUGCUGGCGAGCUGUACAGAAGCUUUGAUGCAUCUGUCCCAAUAAAGUGUCCUUAAGCAAGAUGUUGGCUCUCUCCCAGAGAGGAACAGUCUGCGGGGGGAUCAGCGGGGGCACAGGCAUUUGUCUGACUUCUUCCCAUGUUCAUGUGUCGUCUGUAAUCAGCCUGGGACAUUGUCACAUACAUGGACUGUGUGUAAGUGUGCACGGACUGCUCAUGUAGUUGAUUAGAAAAUGAAACCUUAGUGUGUCUCCAGACUGAAAUCUCUCCACAUGAACAGCCAUGAAACUAAUAAUGAUCAUAAUCUGGUGUUCACUGCAGAGCCACUGUGACGGAUGAAGGUUAAUGUUAAAAAAAAAAGUCAUAUAUUUUCUUCUUGAAGAAAAGUUAGUUGAAAUAUUAAUCUGGUUCCUUCAAAAAAGGCUUUUGUGGAUUAGAUUUAUAUUUCUCAGAUAUGCUUACUUUCUUUCUUUCUAUUUUUUGCAAACCUCAAGUAUCAUAAGACAAAAUAGCAGUUUAGUACUUGUAUAAACAUUGAAACUGAUGAAGUUAGUGUAUCUGAAUCCAGCCCUUAGAGAGAGGCUCGGGUUGUGAGGUGUUUUUGCUGAAGUUGCCUUGUUGUUUUCCUUCUAGUGGCAGGAACCCCCUCCUCUGCUUAACGGCUCUUUGGGCGCAAAAUUAAUGUUCCUUAGUCAUAAAAAUAAGAGCAGCCUUACAUCGUUAUGUGACGAAAUUACAGCGAAACGUUAGCAUGACUAUGUAUGUCUUUGGUUUGUCAUAAGUUGAGGCUGAUGAGGUGAAUAGAACUGACAGAGGCUGUGUUGGAUAAGACUGUGUGUGUGUGAGUUUGUUUUUGUGUCUUGGCAUGUGUGUGCGUACAUGUGUGGUGGGAGGGCUGUGUUUAUUACAAUUAAACGAGCUGAACAACAACAAAUCUGCCAAAACUGUAAUGAGGAGUCGAGGAACACUCAACAGCAGGCCUGAUGAGGACUCUGGGAAGGAACACACACAUUCGCGCUCUCACACAUCCACACAUAAACAUAAACACAAACAGGCACAACGGCGCACUUUUUAUGAAGUUCCACAUGUGGUCACACAUGCUCCCCGAUCAAAACAACGUCUUAAUCCAGGCUAACUAACGCGCUCGAUGAACUGUGCCGCACACACACACACACACACACACACUGGCUCUCUGGGCUCUAAUUGGCUAUAAUAACCUUAUGGACAGGCAGAUAUCCAGGUGCAUAAACUCUGUUCCCACAGAGUCUCAAUCACUACACACUCACACACUACAAUCACUUCCACAUGUGUAUGUGUGUAAUCCUAUGACAUUGCCUGUGUGUGUGUGUGAUUGAGCAUGUGUUUGUCACACUGUGUGAGUGUGUGUCGUCUCCAGUUGUAAGCAGGCCUGCAGUAUAAAUAAACCUGCUGAUUGUUAGCGGUGGUGUGAAGGGGCGGAGGACAGACAGGGCGGAUGGAUUACAUUCACCUCCACUGUUCCCGAGUGGCCUCAGCGGCGGGCGCUGUUAUAAUUACGUUGUGAUUAAUUAGCCCUCGAUCCUCUCACUCCUUUGGAGGGUAUUUUUCUUAGGUCUGACCCGUGCCGCACCGGUGUAGCACAGCCUCACUUUUCAAACUCUUGAAGUUUCCUUUUUUCCCCCUCUCCUUUCUUUUCAACGUUUCCGUUUUUGUCAAAUGAAUUUUCUGCUUUGCCUUCUACCCCUCCUCCUCCUCCUCCUCUCUGCUCCCACUUCCACCUUCUAUCCAUUAGGACUUUGAGAAGAUCUCUGAGUUUUUCAAGAGUAACUACAAGGUGGAGCUGACAGAGAAGGACAUGUGCGUGAAAGGAUGGAACUGGGGAACAGCAAAGUUUUCAGGUAAACCCCCAAAACUCAUGCACCUCUGUAAAGCCUCUCUAGCAGCCUGAUCAGUUACUUUCUCUCAAAGUCUUUGCUGUUAAUGAACAAAAAGGCUGUGAAAACUGGAAGCAGUGUGGAAAAUUGCAGUCAUGGAUGUCAGAAAAGUUCAUAUCCAAUGAUUCAAAGUGUAUUUUUUAUCAAGAAUAUGCAAAGACCAUGACGGCAUUUUAAAACAUCCACUGAGAGAUUUUUGAAAAGCCCUGAAGGUCACUCAGAGCAGCUGUUUGGGUCCUAAGUCUGUUAAGUUUAAGAGCUGUCACUAACAUAACAGCUUUUCCUCUUUCUCUCCUUCCUCUGUCCGUCUGUUUGCAGGGCCGCUGUUGUCCUUCGAUGUAAAUGACAACACAGCGUUCGAGAUCCCGCUGUCCAAUGUGUCCCAGUGUGCCACCGGAAAGAACGAAGUCACUCUGGAGUUUCACCAGAAUGACGACACAGAGGUCUCCCUCAUGGAGGUCCGGUUCUACGUCCCACCCAGUCAGGCUGAUGAAAGACAAGAUCCCGUGGAGGUAAAGAAGGACGUGAUCUUUUUUUUUUUUUUUUGUAGCCACAAUCAAUAAUGUUACUAAAAGUGUGCGUGUGCGUUUUCUCACAGGCGUUUGCCAAGAGUGUGUUAUCUAGGGCCGAUGUGAUCCAAGCGACAGGAGACGCUCUGUGUAUCUUUAAGGAGCUGCAGUGUCUCACACCCAGAGGAAGGUAAAGGAUCCACACCAAACAGUCACUAACGCUGAAAUUAACCCUGAAGGUUUUUAGUCAAAGGCCUGAACACGACCUCCAACUUGAACACUGUUGAUUUUGAGCUCAUAUAUGAUCGUCUUUGCUUCCUCACACAGAUAUGACAUCCGUAUCUACCCAACUUUUCUUCACCUCCAUGGUAAGACAUUUGAUUACAAGAUCCCCUACACCACCGUCCUGCGUCUGUUCCUGCUGCCACACAAGGAUCAGAGACAGAUGUUCUUUGUUGUAAGUAGACUUUAUUUUAUGUCCCUGAAACAUGAUUUUUCUUGCUCUUUGUUGCUGAUUCUUAAAUGCUUUCUCCAUGUCUCUUGUCUAAAUAGAUCAGUCUGGAUCCUCCAAUCAAGCAGGGUCAGACCCGCUAUCACUUUCUCAUCCUGCUCUUCUCCAAAGAAGAGGACAUCAACCUCACCCUCAACAUGAGCGAGUGAGUUUUUGUGUUAUGAGCUGCAGCCAUAGAUGUGCCGUGGUGUCGACUGUUUAUGUCAGGUUCUUGCUCCUUUUGCUGUAAUGAGAUAAGUGUCCACUAGAUGGAGCCAGAGGUCUGGAAAAGUAGUUGUUAUGCACUUUGUUUCGGGACAGGAGCCUCUUAAGUUCUCGCAGCAUUUCUUCUUACAAAUACCAAAACUUGUUUUCUUGAUGUCCCACAGGGAGGAUGUGGAGCGCCGUUUUGAGGGUAAACUCAGUAAAAACAUGUCCGGUUCUCUGUAUGAGAUGGUUAGCAGGGUGAUGAAGGCCCUCGUCAACCGCAAGAUCACCGUGCCUGGAAACUUCCAGGGGUAAGCACCCAAAGAAGCACAAGGAAAAACAUAUUCCUGCCUGCCUUCAUAUGAGUCCUGCUUAAUGCGCCUCAAUUUUUCACAGUCAUUCUGGGGCUCAGUGCAUCACCUGCUCUUACAAGGCCUCCUCCGGCCUCCUCUAUCCACUGGAGAGGGGCUUCAUUUACGUUCACAAGCCCCCUGUGCAUCUACGGUUUGAAGAGAUCUCCUGCGUCAACUUCGCUCGAGGCACGACCACGACAAGAUCCUUUGACUUCGAAAUUGAGACCAAGCAGGGAAAUCAGUACACCUUCAGCAGCAUCGAGAGGUGAGAGGAUGGAAACUGACAGUCUAUGCUGAUCGAAAGGAAAACCUAAUUAUUCACAUUUGCUGUCAGAUCAGUUUGAUUUUAUCUUCUGAAUCUCUGCUGAUAUGAUCUCCGUCCUUCUCUGUUCAUUCAGGGAAGAGUACGGCAAACUGUUUGACUUUGUCAACGCCAAGAAGCUCAACAUCAAGAACAGAGGAUUCAAAGAGGUAACCAGAUUGUUAAUAAAAGAAACACUCAGAGUGAAAGAAAAGAUUUUGACGGCACAAGUGAUGUUCAACUUCCAUCAAAGAUAUUGAUGCCUGUUGCCCUUCUCCUGUGUGUCUCUCCUUGUAUCCCUGUAGAAGAAGGUGGGUAUGGUAAUGGGCGUCAUGUGUGGACGAGGGUUUUGGUUUUGACCAGUUUGGAGUGAUUCCUGCUUGCAUGGUGUGCUGCGGCGUGUGUGUGUGUUUCUCAGGAUUGUGUCCUAUAAUCUUGGUUUUGGUUUGAUGAAAUCUAAAUGGUGAUAAAUUUGAUCAAUCUUGUGUUAAUUUCUGUCUAAUUACGGGACCUUGAGAUGAAAGGGGGUUUGACUUUGAUAACUCGAGUGUGAGCAUUUGUUUGCAUCGUGCUGACUAAUGUGUGGCCCCGGGGCUUUUGGUGUGCUUUAACUCUCCAUCCAGCUGUCAUCACGACCGCUGCCUUAACAUGGCCAGAGCUGAUUCCACCAGUCUUAAUGCUGUGUGUUGACAUGUUUCAACUUCCUGGUCUGACCAGCAACAAAAGUCCAAACACCAAUUGGAUCAUGCCGGUAAUAUAGCCAUCUGUCGCCAUGGUGACAGGGUCAGCAGAGCGGGUCAAUGAAAACGAAUGGUCCUGCUCUUCAUUUCCUGUUUGAGCUUAAUAAAAGCUCCCUUGACUGAGUGUCUGUGCGUCCCACGGCAGACACAGAUGAUAAUGCAUGGAGACCGGAAAUACAGAGGGGGGGGGUUAAAAAAGACGAGGUUUUGGUGUAUGACAACAUUUCAAUACAGCCACCCUCAACAGGUCCUCUGCUUACACUCAGACUAUUACACUGAACUUUAGACUAAACUGUUUGUGGGGACCAAUUUGAACUGAAGAGACACUAAGGGCAUCGCUCUGAGGAGCAUGUAGGCGUACGCAGGGCUUGACCUUAACUUUUUUCACAAGGAGCACAUGUGCUCCUUAGUUAAAAAAAUAAGGAGCACACAAAGAACUUUAGAGGUACAAUGAAAAUUGAUCAAAUAAUGUUUGUCUUAUUAGUCGACAUAAGUACUAUUAUUUGAAAUCAAUUUAGGUCAACUGGUCACAUGACAUGGAAGCUGUUGAAGGAAAACAGCCUUUUUUUGAGAACAUCAACUGGUAAUUUAUUGAUGGUCCCUUAUUCAACACCAGACGCUGACAGUGAGGAUGCUGAGUAGGUAUAUCCAACCUUAAACUAACUUCACUGCGGUAUUUACAUGAAAAACUUUUGUUGCCUCGGCUAAUUUUUUUAUGCGCAUAUGUGCCCCUGAAUACCUUUUUACAAUUCGCACACAUCUAUUUUUAGUCGCAAAUGCGGGUGAAAUGGUCACACUGUCGAGCCCUGGCUGUACGUAGGCAUUAGGAGGCUGUAUUAUUCUGACGAUCAGGCCUCACCGCCGUUUACUGUCGUUAAACUUCCUGUCAGAGGCUGUUUGCCACAUACCUUUUAGUGAUUUGACAGCCAUCAGAUCCUGUAAAGUUAGAUAACCCUGGCUUGAAAGGUAAGAGUUAGGGGUGGAUAUAAAAAACAUAGCAUAAGGAAUAAAUUUGGUGAAACUAGUUUAAUUCCAAACAACUAAAAACAGUUAAAAAGAAGAAAAACUACAGCACUGAUGACUGUCAAACUACUCAGUCUUUUAAUGAGGGGAUGGACAAAAUGAAAAAAUGUUCUGUCAAACUGAUGGUGUCUGAUUGAUCAGCUGUGGAGGUGAUGGUUGUCGGGUUCUGUCUUUACAUUUCAUGGUUGUCAAGUGUAUUGACAGGUCAGUUUACUUUCAGGGCAUGAAGGGUAAAAUUGAUGAGUACAGCGACUCAGACGACGACCAGCAUGACGCCUACCUGGAGAGGAUGAAGGCUGAGGGCAAGAUCAGAGAGGAGGGCAACGACAGCGACGAGUCCGAGGGAGAGAGCGGUGAGUGGAAAGUCAAACCCAAGUGGUGAAACACACUGAGAGAAGAGGAGGUGUGAACGGCUGUUUUUCCUGUUUCAUUUUUAGAUGAGUCGUUUAACCCUGGAGAGGAAGACGAUGACAUCGCAGAAGAGUGAGUGAACUUUUUCUUCUCUAAAGGCAGAAUAUUGUUUUUUCUCCCGGCCGUCCUCUGUGAACUUGCUAAUGUUCCUUUCCUUACUCUCUGCUUCCCCUCUUCCAUCAACCAGGUACGACAGUAACGCAUCAGCAAGUGACAGCAGCGAUGAAGGGGGCGACAGCGAAGAUGAGAGCGCUAAGAAGAAGAAGCCCAAGAAAACCAAGGUGGUGAAGGAGAAGAAAGAGAGGAAACCCCGCAAAGAGGUGAAAGAGCAGUUGGGUUGGGGUCGAGAUAACAGCAGUUGUCUUUUUGCUGGGUAUGUACAAAUCUUUAUAAAUGCUCUCAAUGUUGAACAAUUUCUGUCUCUAUUUUUAUUGAGUAGAAGAAGCAGAAAGACACCGGCGGCCCCAAGAGGCCUAUGAGCGCCUACAUGCUGUGGCUCAACUCAAGCCGUGAGCGAAUCAAGGCAGAAACCCCAGGAAUCUCUGUCACUGAGAUUUCCAAGAAAGGUGGAGAGAUGUGGAGACAGCUGGGCAAAGAGGAGAAGGAGGUGAGACAAGUUUCCAGUUUAACUCUCUUUUUUUAAGUAAGCCUGUCAGCUAAAUUAAGGAUUAUAUAAUGUUGAAGAUAUGAUAUGCUUUAGUCAGGAUUAUUCUUGACAAAGAGGUGUUGCUAUUAGACUCCUUGUGGGUUUACAUUUUAAAAACAUGCUCCUGUAAAUUCAGGGUUUGCUUUACAUUUCACUCAAGUUGUCAUGACAGCAACAAGGCUAUUCUUCCCUAAAGUGAGUCCUCAUUUAUUCGUCUGCUCUCUCUUCAGGAAUGGGAGGCGAAGGCUGGAGAGGCCAAGAGGCAAUACGACAAAUUAAAGAAGGAGUACGCAGAGAGCGGUGGAGGAUCAGCCUCCAGUUCCAAGAAGUAAGACAUGCAACAUUUAAAACUCGUCUUGUUUCUUGACAGCACUGAUCUCAACUUUUUUUUUUCCCUGCCCGCUCUUUGUCCAUUAGGGAGAGUAAAAAGUCUGCAGGGAAGAAGGAUGAUAAGAAGAGAAAGUCAGCCGGAGGAGAUAAGGACAGGGAUCGAGGAGGCAGCGACAGCUUCAAAAGUAAAGAGUUCAUCGAGACCAGCGAAGAAAGUUCAUCGGACUCUGACCGCAAGAGCAAGGCCAAGAGGAAGAAGGUAAAGCCAGUAAUGAUAUCACACGGAUAAUGGUUCCUGAAAAGGGAACCAUUAUGAGAUUGAUCCUCAUAUUCUUGUCCUCGGUUUCACCACAACAUUCAGGCGUCACUCGCUUCAUUUAAUAAUAUUUGCAUUAAGGUGUAAGCGCUUCAGAGCCUGUGACACAGAUCGAUGUAAAAAGCAUCAUAGAAACAUCGGAGCCUACUGAGUUUCUGAUCAGCAGAAGAACUGGACGGAAUAAUCAGACACCUAUAGAGUGUUGCAGGGACAUUUUAGCAGUUCUGAGUGAGUGUUGUUGUAAGAAGUUGUUCUGAGACAACCCUAAAGUUUGCUGCUGUGAAAAGAUGUCUAAACUUGUUUGUUGUAUCUAAAACAAACAGACAAAAAGCUGCUCAUUGACGAGACAUUUAUUCAUCUCAAAGUGUUUCAUGUCUGCAUGAAUCUGGAUGUCCAAAUUGCCCUAAUUGGACAUUUGAUCUGCGAAAAGGCAGACAGGAAAUGGAGGAGAGAGAGAGGGGGGAAUAUGACAGGCAGCAAAGGUCGCUGGUCUUAAUGGAGUUUGCAGCAUGGUGGUUGUGCAACUUACUGUAUGACUACUCGGCAACCAGUGAGCUCCAAGAGAGUACUUAAAUAAAUCACUUAAGCUGAGGUGAAGCUUGAAAGGAGGGAAAAGGAAAUCUGAUUAAAAACCGAGAGAGGGGAAAGAUAAAUAUUACUGAGACGGAGUCUGAAAUCAUUUUCAUUCACGACCUGCUGCUGCUCCAGAGGGAAUCCUCCGUAGAGGACUACGUAAUCUGACGUAGUCUGCUGUUUGGCAGAAUAAAAAAAAAAACAACUAUAAACCCCUAUUACCUGUCUUGCCCUCACUAACCUCAUUGCUGUCGCAGCUGUGUAAUGCUUUCAGCCCAACGUAGCUCAUGAGCCUGGGAUUCAUAAUACACUGUACAUCCUUCCAAGAUUUGAGUGAUUAUUGACAUCAUGUUGGGUUUAUUUCCACACAUUCAAAGUGAGAUAAAGACGUGCAAAAUACUGUAUUUUUGAAUAAUUAACGUUUUCCCUUUUCUUGAAAUUCUUAUAGAAGGAGUCAGAUGAUGAUGAGGAGGAGGAGGCUGCAUCCACACCUGCCAGCUCAGAGGAAGACUCAGACUAAACACGAACUUUUACUCAUCGUACCAACACAAACACACACCCAGGACCAAACAUCUACACGCUCUGUGCUGAUUUCACGCAAAUGGACUGAUGGAGGCUUCAACUGGAUUAAGUUGUAUUUUUCUUCUUCUACAUGUUUUUUUUUAUGGGUACAAAUACAUCUCACCUCUGAAGUUAUAUUUGAUAUUUGAUUAUUCCUACUCACAGAUAACUGAAACAGAUAAAUCCAUGUGAACUUCUUCGCCCAGAUCGUGUCAUGUCUUCUGCCUUUAGACCCGUGGGGAGGGUUGUUGUAGUUUUAUAGCCCUGCAGAGUGUAGGAACCACCAGUUGAAAUGACGAAGAGAGGAAGACAAACAAUUCUCCUGUGUAGUGUUUGAAAAACCCUCGUAGUGUUUUUUUUUGUUUUGUUUUGAGAUGUCAUGUUUUCAGGCUUUAAGGAAUAAAUAAUGAUUUUUAAAAAAUCCA